AUGCAGCCCAUCGUGUUCUUCAUCUUAGCUAUUGUCGCUGUUGUUACAGGUGCUCCUCAUGUGGAGGAACGCCUUGUUGGAGGGACACCGAUCACCAUAGCACCAACAGAUGCAACACCACCAUAUGAAGCCAUGUUCCCUUAUGUUGUCUCCAUCGAGUACGAGAAUUCCCACAUUUGUGGAGGAUUCAUUUACAGCGAAAAGUGGAUCGUCACGACUGCGUCUUGUCUGGAGAAUAAGGUUCUUGGCGAGUUGGUAGUUGUGGCCGGACAGGUCAAUUUGAUUGAUUACGACUACUCCGAAGAAAGGCAUGCCGUUUUCCGAGUGAUCCCUUACGACACGUUCGAUAAUGACACGCUAGUAGACGACAUUGCACUGAUUGAGCUAUCAUCAUUGAUCAAACUUGACGGCGUCUUGAGAAAUUUCAUCAAGUUCAAUGAAGUCUUUACAGAUGAUUUACCAACUCCUAUGGGGACGUUUAUGGGAUGGGGCGCUACAGUGGCCGGAGGAGGAUUUUCUCCAAGACUCCGUCAUGCACAACUUAAAAUGAUAGAAGACAAUGCAAUUUGUGGAACGUUACGGCGCGGAACGAAUUCCAAAUUUCCAAGAUGA